AUGGGAUACAUGCAAGUAGAAGAAUUAUAUUACAGUGUCCAACAUGUUCUACAUAAGGUUGAUGAUGAUAAAGGAGCUAUGAACAUGAUGAAUGUGGCUAAGUAUUUGGGGGAAGUGAACCUGUAUGUUGUGCAUGGGGUGGACGAAGCAACUAUCUUAGAAAAUGAUGAGAAUGAGAUUAUUUUGCUAUGUGAAGGUCAUACAGAGAGUGGUGAGGAUAGUGGCGUAGGAGGAGAAGCACAUGUUGAGGGUGGUGAAGAAGGAAUGGAAGACGCAGUGGAGGGUGCAGUGGAGGUUGAGAAUGAGUAUGCAGUGGAUGUUGAGAAUGAUGAUGCACGGGAUGUUGAGAAUGUAAGUGAAGGAUUGGAGGUUCACAAUGAGGAUUUACUGGAUGUUGACAAUGAGGAUUGGUUGGAUGUUGAGCAUGACGAUGCGUUGGAGGUUGAGAAGGAGGAUUCAGUGUAUAAUGAGGAUGUUCAACAUGAGGAUGUAGAAGAUGAUGAGGUUGCAGUGGAGGUUGAGAAUGAGGAUGAAGUUGAGGAUGUAAGUGAAGAAGCAUUAGAAGUGGAUAAUGAAGCUGAAAUUGAGGUCGAAAGUGAAGAAGAAGUGGAAGUGAACAGUGAUGAUGCAGCAGGAAUGGAUGAUCUGAGUGGUGAUGAAUACGUGGAUGAUGAAGACAGUGAAAAAGAAACCCAACAAUGUAGGGGUUUGUCAGAUGAUGAUUGGGAGUCUGAUAAGCUUUUAACUCCUGAAAAUAGUGCAAGUGAGGAGGAUGACAAUGAUGAUACAAUAGAUGUAGGUCCUUUCUCAAAAUAUGCAAAGCAGAAGUCCAUGGCAGAUUACAAGUGGGAAGUGGGCACUAUUUUUACUAACAGGGAAGAGUUUAAGGAUGCUAUUAGAAUGUAUGCUGUUCAUGCUGGGAGGGAUCUAAAAUUUAUCAAAAAUGAUAACCGUAGGGUGAGGGUGACUUGCAUGGGUGGCCAAGGUAAGUGCCCAUGGCUAGCUUAUUGUGGUUAUUUGCCAUCACGAAAAAUUUGGCAAUUGAGGAAGAUAAUUGAUACUCAUUCUUGUAGUAGACAACUUAAUAUUAAACUGAUGAAUGCUAAGUGGUUAAGUCAGGAAAUAGAUGGAUCUUUAGUUGAGAAUCCUAAUUUAAAGGUGAAUGAUAUUCGUACUAAAGCAUUAAGAAAAUGGAAUACAAAUGUUUCAAUAUCCAAGGCAAGAAGGGUAAAGUUAAUUGCCACAAGACAGGUUGAAGGAGAUUUCAUAAAACAAUAUAAAAGGGUGUACGACUAUGGACAUGAGCUGUUGAGGUGUAAUCCAGGGUCAACAGUGCAAAUUAAAGUUGACUCUCAUAAUGGUAUUUACAAGGGGGAGCUGCUGACUGCUGUUGGUAGGGACCCAAACGACCAAAUGCUACCCCUUGCCUAUGCAGUAGUAGAAGUGGAGAACAAAGACAGUUGGACAUGGUUUUUACAAUUGCUAAUUGAAGACCUCGGGGUCAAUGAAGUAUGUGGAGGGUGCACAUGGAUGUCAGACCAGCAGAAGGGGUUAGUCUUAGCUAUCCAAGAGCUUUUGCCUUGGGCAGAACAAAGAUACUGUUUAAGGCACCUCUAUGCAAACUUUAGGAAAAGGUUUGGUGGGCAGGUAUUAAAAAAUCUGAUGUGGAGUGCUGCAACCACCACAUAUCCCCAGGCUUGGGAGAGAGAAAUGCUGAAAAUUAAAGAAGUCAAUGUUGAAGCAUAUAAAUACCUCAUAGCCAUUCCCCCAAGGUUUUGGUCAAGGUCUCGCUUCACAACUCAACCAAUGUGUGAUACCCUUGAUAACAACAUCACUGAAGCUUUCAACAGUGUCCUCAUUCAUGCAAGAGGAAAACCAAUCAUCACAAUGAUGGAGGAUAUCAGAGUGUAUCUCAUGAAAAGGUGGGCCACCAACAGAAGCAAGGUGGCAUCUAUGGACUUCACAAUAUGCCCAAAGAUAAAGACGAGGCUUCAAAAAGAAUGUAAUUUGUCUAGAUUUUGGCUGCCAAGCUGGGCUGCACGAAAGAUUUUUGAGGUUAGGCACACUUCAUUUAUUGGGAACAAGUUCACAGUGGAUCUGGACACUAAAGAGUGUAGCUGCAGAAAGUGGAUGAUCAGUGGCAUCCCAUGCUGUCAUGCAAUUGCAGCAAUGAAUUACUGUAAUGUUCAUCCAGAAAAUUUUAUACCCACUUGCUUCAGAAGAUCCACAUAUGAAGAGGUGUAUGCGUCCAUAAUUUUUCCACUCAAUGGUCCCCAACUAUGGCAAACCACAAAUUUCAAUGAUGUACUACCACCAUUGAUAAGGAAGUUGCCUGGGAGGCCAAAGAAAAAACGCAAGUUGGAGGCAUGA